AUGAAUCAAGAAAUCUACGAAGAACUGCUCUUCGCAAGAACUUUGAUAACCAACACUAAAGAAUUUCUGGAUACUAAAGAUAAAAUUUUAAAAGAAAAUUUAAUGAAGAGGAAAACAGAAAUCGCCUAUUUAACAGAUUUGUUUACAAAAUUUAAUAUGGUUAAUUUGCAAUUACAAGGCGACAGUUUGAAUUUGAUUAAAACAAAGUCCAUCUUAUCAGAGUUUCUUGACAGAGUUAAACUAAUGAUGCAAAAUAUUGGACGGGGCGAAUUUUCUCAGUUCCCCAAUUUGUCACAGACAAGCUGCCAGGAAGACGACGUUUCAACUUACGUUCAACAUUUAAAUGCCCUCUAUUCAGAUUUUGAAUCUAGGUUUGAGGAUAUUUUGACUAUGGUAAUACCACCGUUGAUAAUUAAUCCACUUGGUGACAUAGAAGAAACGAAUGUCAUAAUACAAGAGGAACUGACUGAACUAAGUACAAACGAAGAACUUAAGGUUCAGUUUAAAAACGGAUAUCAGCAAUUCUGGCUGCAAAACAACAAACCCGUUACUUAUCCCGUAUUAUGGAAUAUAGCGAGGAAAUUUUUAAUUUCCUUUCCAUCGUCAUACCUAGUGGAAAGGGGGUUCAGCGCUGUUACCAAUCUACUAACGAAAGAAAGAAACAGACUGGACAUCAUUAGCCGAGGAGAUUUAAGAUUAACCCUUACAAAAUUGACGCCAAAUGUUGAUAAUUUAUUAUUAAAGCAUCAGACCAAACCCAGAGGGCUGAGCCCAGUGCUGUGGGUCAUAGUAAGGCCCCGUAGGACCUCCGUAGUAGUCGUGUCGAUACAUCUGCGGGUGAUGGAAGCUAUAAUCCGGUUGCUGAGGGUACGGAGGCAGCGGGUCAUGUUGAUGGUGGUAGUACUGCUGAUGUGGCGAGUGAUGGAAGUACUGAGCCCUACAGAAAAGCAUCACAGUGAAGCAAUCAGCAUUGAAACAAGAGAUUUUAAUAUUGCCAAAAGAAAAGCGGAGAAAGCCAAAACUACCAGAUACCUAAUCUGCAAAUGGAAAUAUAUAUCAAAGGAAAAUGAUUAGAAAGAAUCCAAAAUAUGAUAUCAGUGCCACAGAGACUUUGGAAUCUGAUGUAAAAUGCACAGUUUUCUCUGCAUUUCAGGUGUCAGAAUUCAGGAGGAUUAGCAAUGAG